AUGAGUUGCAGAGUCGUGCCUAAGUUCGUGAAACAUAUGAAGUGUGAUCCUAUAGGCGGAGGAUUUAACUAUCUCGGCAAGGAUAGUAUCCUACGUACUAUCUCCGGUAACUACGAAGUCCUUAAUGCCCGCGGACUUAGUCCGGAACAGAUCAAUACGUUUCUAGAUAUCAUACUAGUCGAGCUCGUGUAA